AUGUGUGGUGUGCCCCAGAACGUGCAGAGAAGGCCCAGCGAUCCUGGCAGCCAGUUAGGUCAGGAAACUCAAAGGCAGCAGCAACAACACAAACCAUUUACGGGGCCACUUGUACUACCACCCAGUAUGCAACCCCAGCUCUCCCCUCUCGAAAAUAGUGGUGGGCUGCCAUGGAUAGAUCCGUUCUUUAGUGCGGGACAACAGGGUGCAAGUCGUGAACCACAAGUCAUGAUAGAACAACAACAGCCUGUAUUUGUUUGGGCGUCAGGCACAUGUGGGGUCAGCGUCAUCAUCAUCAUCAUCUGGCCAAGGAACACCAUAUCAAGGGACAUCAUCAGCACAAGGGACAUCGUACAACAGUGGGACUCACAUGUUUCCAUCAGCGAAUCACCCUCACUCGCACCCCAGCCUCAUCAAAGGGGUCUAACACCUGAUUAUCAGCCUUUGUUUAGCAUUGCUGGAGGUUCUUACAUGAAUCAACCCUCACCUGAUCCAUCCGCGAACCUACAUUCCACGGUUGCACAAGUCCUCUGA